GGGAAUUGGCGGAAUACGGGUGGGAAUAUCAACGCACCAGUAACAAGCGGCAGCUUCCGGUUUGUCACCAGGAGAGGGAAGUUCAGACAAAUGUUUCUCCGUCUCUCCGUGUCUCAGAUUUAAAGACAUGGCUUCACUCUCUGAGCUGCAGAUGAGGUUCUGGAUGGAUAAAGCAGUGCAAUGGGGCCAGGCUACAUCUCCUUCUACACAGCAGGAUAUAAGUGAACACAUGCAGUCUUUGGAGACCUUCCUCCAGCAGCUUGUACACACACUACAGACAAUGAGCUCAACCACUGAGGCCAUGAAGAGCUUUCCUUUUGUGGGCCAGUUCCUGGGAAGACUUUGUUGGAACCCAUAUGUUACUGCGGAUGGAGCAAGCAGGAGGCUGCUGCUUCAGUGCAUGUGGCUACUAUAUAGUGCUGAGCCUCAGAAUGUAGUGGAGCACCGGGCAAACGUGUGGAUACGGCAGGAUUUGCUAUGCCAUUUAACUUCAGAAGAUGAAGGCAGUAUGGUGCAUGCUCUGGAGAAACAUGCCGGCUUCCCACCUCAGCAGUAUUAUUCAGGGAGUCUUAAAAAGAUGGUAGCAUUACUGACAACGGAGGUCAACAUUAAUCAUAUCGCUUCAGCAGCCUCUUUAGAAAGGUGCAGGUUUGACAGCAUCCAUUCUUUAUCAGUAGCUUGUAUCCCAUUGGUCACAUGUCCUGAGGUAGCACCUCUUAUUGGUGCACUGCUAAAGCAUUACAACUUGUGUGGCUGUUCUCAUCUCAGUGAAGACUUCAUAAAAGCAGUUACCAAAGCCUGGCUCAGUAAGAAGCUGGUGAUGGAGGAUGAAGCAGUGAUAGCUCUGUGGUGUUGUAGCCUGUCCAGCUUAGAGCAGGCAGUUCUCCUUCUGCUUGAGCAUAUUCUUUCUGACCCAAAAGUGAUGCACAAUCUAGAGACAGUUGUCACUGACUCUUUACUGCCCAAAGCAUCAGCACUGCACUGCCACAUCUUUCUGAUAGUGAAUGAUGUUUUCAGAAAUGCUCUAAUAUCAAUAGAAGAAAAUCUCGCACUGAGAGGACUACUACAAGUUUUCACUAGCUGUUUUCUUCAGAUACGUGCUGCCCAGAGGCCACAGGAAAGACUACCAUUAAGAUCUUUUUUUCCUCAUGUACCUCACAACCUGCUGACACCAUUAUUGACAGCACCAGCAGAUGUCCCAAAGCAUGUGUGGCUAGAGCACCUGAGCUGGAUUGGGACUUUACUUGAGAAGUUCCUUUCUGAGAGAAACCAGGAAGAGGACAGUAGAAGGGGGCACAGGGCUGUGUUCGAGACCUGGUUCUUGCUUGUCCAGUGUGGUCAUUGGAUAGAUGUGGCUGCUAAGCUGCUGGUCUCAGUAGGCUCAGAGCAAUCAAAGCCUCUGCUCUUCCUCCUGACGUUUUACCAUCACCCAACCAAUAGAGGGCACCAGAACACCCAGCACAAUACGGUGGCAAGACAAGCAUGGAGUGAUUUGAGGAGCCUCUUCCUUACCCACACUUUGUCUCCUGAACAGCUAUCUGCUGUGAAUGAGUUGCUCUGCUCUCUGUCAGCAAACCUUGUUCUCUGUCUUCUGCUUAACUUUGCCAUAUUUUCUCAAGCAUCAACCAGCCGGAUGACAGAUGUUAUACAGAAGGUGCUGACUGAUGCUGGUGUAAGGCGCAGGGCCAUGUGUAUGCUGUGCACUAUGCAUCAGAGGCUAAAAGGAGACAGUGCGCUGGAUGCCAGGCUCACGAUGCUCGAGGACAGACUCCGCACGGCAUAGUGCCUCAGGCUGCACAUAAACACAUGGACGUGCCCAAACGCUGACAUGUGGUAAGCUGUUUAUUAGGACAAGGAUUCCUGGCAUGGCACCAUUCUACAUUGAAAGCCUGGGAUGAUGUGUGAUGACAUAUCAGGCCAGAUAAAAGGAACAAACACAUAAGGAAAUCAGGUCCUCAGUUCAGGAAAAUAUGUACACGUGAUCAUAAUUGUUUUUAAAAAUGAUAUUCAGAAGCCAUGCUUCUGUCGUGUGGGUAAAUAUACUUUGUUUUUGCUGUUGAACUCAGGAGACAUGUAGACAAGCUUACCGCCCUGUUUCUCUGUAAUGAGGGAGCUUACAGGAUCUGAAUCACAUCCUUUUCCAUGACUGACACAAAAAAGAUUCUGAUUGAAUUUAUUAUGUUUUCUAAUCCAAUCUAAUGACAUGUAUUAUCUUUUGAAUAUCUUUGGACUGACGCAUCACCAAAUUCGUAUACAGGACACACCUUGUCAUGCCACUAAGUUUUUAUUUGUUUGCGUGAUUUAAAACUGAGUACAAGUUUGGUUACUAAAUGCAUGUCAGUAGUGAAGUCAGUAUUUGUUGUCAGCUAAUACAUGGUUAGUAUUUUAUUAAAAAGCUGUGGUUAAAUCCAAAGGCCUCCCCAACACUGGUAGUCU